CCGGUCAACCGACAUGGAUCUCUUGGACGCUUCAACAAGGCAUUUCUCAAGUUUAAUCAUACAAAAAAAUAAAAGAAAAAGAGCGAUUUUCGUUGCGCGAAAGUUUUCCGUGCCCGAGAACCGCCGGGGCGAUCGACUAGGAUUCCCGGAGACCGAAACUCGGGCUUUCUCCUCGACCCAGUUUCCUGGAGGCAUGCUGAGAAAAAUCUUGCGCCGGCGAGGAUCCCCCGGGAUCGGUUGCGUCGAUCGAGACUCUCGAGCGCGUCCGCGAUCGCCGCGAGUUCGUCGAACGCGCGAGAGCAUCGGGAAUGCCAGCGAGGGCAAGAACAUGCACAGUGCACCGAUCGGUACACCAUUCCGAUGCGGAAACGGCGCUCUCGGAUUUGCAAAGCUACGGAAAAAGUGCGUGUCCAGCUGCUGGAACCGCCGGCCCCGAGCGGGGGUGGAACUUGGGUUUUCCGAGGAUUCCUGUCGCCCCGAAAUUCCAGAGCUGUCGAGCAGCGGGGGAACUCGCUCAACGUCGAAUCGAGCCUCGCGAGUUCGAACAGUCAUGAGAAUGGAUCUCGACAUCCUCGACAAAAGCGAUGGAAGAGAAUCGAUCGAGAAUUCGAUUUCACUCGAUCACUCCACUCGUCGACAAGUGUCUGUAAAUCGUCGAAAAAAAAUGAUAAAUUGCCGGAUCAUGAGACCGGAAGCACCGUAAAGACAAGUAAAAAAAAUCCUUUUCACGCGGAGUAAAAAAAUUGGGAGUAAAAUCGAAAAAAUGAGAAUAUUUCAAAUGACUAGGGAAGAUCGAAAAGGGUGGAAUCCGAAAGGAAGCGUUCAAAGUCCCUUUCCCGGCGGUGGUGGUGGACAAAACGGCAGGGAUAAAAGCUCGAAAUCGGCAGAGGAAAGAGAAGCGGAACGAGAGAAAGAGAGAUCGAAGCUCCCGAGGUUCUGGUCCGAUAGGCCAGAGUUUCCGUGCCCGCAUAUAUCGCGAUGUUUCGUACGCUCGCGUAUCAUCUCGUCGAGUGUUCUCUCUCCGGUGGAUCUCGCCUGCGACAGGAUUGGUCGAGGAUCGUGUGCGUGGGCGGUGACGACGGUCUCUCGUUAAAAUAUAAAUUUGUGUGUGUGCCGUGUUGUUAGCUCAGUCGCUCGGUACAGACGAGUGACGAGUGCGUUAAAGGAUUACGACGAAUAAAAGGCCAGCCCGCGUUGCCUUCGCUCCGACUUGCUUCUUUCUACUCCUUCUUUUUUCGCUGCAACGAAGGCGGGGGUAGCCUGGAGCUAUAAAGUGUCAAAACGGCGAGGGGGAGGGGAACGGAAGAGACAGACGGAUAGACGGAGAGAAAGGACAGAGAAAGAGGGAAAGAGAGGUUUCACGUUGGAAGAGCAUCAACGAGAAACGAGCAACGAAGUAAAGCCACCGAGGGAACAGUCGAGCUCCAAGGUCCGCAGGCGUCGCAACUGGUUCACUUCGUUAACUCCGCUUAAAACUAAUCAAAAUUAAUCAUAACCGGCAACAAUUGAUAGCAAUUGGUUGAGAUUCCAUUACGCGCGAACCGGUACACACCCGCGGGGAGUAAUCAUCGCAAUUCGCGCACUUUCUUCUCUCAGCCUUAUUUUUUUUGGCCACUCUCUUCGCGGUCACCGAUUAAUUUGGUACUUGAGAUUUUUUCGGCUGGCCGACCGCUCGCUCCGGUGCUCGAUGAUUCUUCCCUUCGAUCGAGAUCGGACGCGAAGAGUAGCAUUCCGCAAAUAACGAGGUGCCGCGCCCGAAAAGUCUCGGUGAAGCCGAGUGUCUUCCGCAGUGACAGUUUUUCUCGUCGGAUUUUGUUCCGCGAAAGGGCCCAGGUUCGCAACGAUCUUCGAGACUCCGCGGAGCGCGAACAAUCGUUUUUCACUUCGGGAGUCACUAGUUUUGGGAAUUCCCGGUCCAAGGAUCACCUCGGAGAGAAAUAUUGGGAUUUUCUCUUCCCCGGGGGGAGUGAGAAUCGGAGCUGGUCUUUCUCGGGAAGAAGAACAACUCAGGUCGUCAACCUGGAAGACACGGGUUUGUCCUGUCAGUUGGAACACUCGUGGCGUAAACCGAACUUCGUCGACACCAGCCUCAAACUACCGGAAGUAACGACACUCAGCAGAAAGUUGUUCGAUUAUCGGGGUAGCUGCGAAGACUACGCGGUGGAUUAUUCAACGGGGGGAUACUUUUACGAGGCAACGGCGAGCUCGUCGUCCUCCUCGUACGAACCCGAUAAUACGAAGACAACGACGACGAGCUCGAGGAGCUUUUGCGAUUACGGGACAACGUCCAGCGAAAUGGACGCUGGCCCUUUCGACGAUCCGAUCUUCUCGGACUUUGGUGGACGAGGCGGCGGCACCGGAGUUCACAGCAUACAAGUCAUGCUCGGUCUCCACGGCGCUCAUCACGCCGGUGAACUCAUGCCAUCGGGUGGCCAUUUACAAAAACUCGAUUCGUCCAACAGCCCGCCGCCUUCUCACCAUCAAACCUCCCACCACCAUCUUCAACAGCAGCAACAACAGCAGCAACAACAACAACAACAGCAGCAGCAACAAAAGGAACUUAAAGAUCUUGAGCUCGCCGGAAUGUACGCGCCGAUGUCUCAGAACCAGGACGUUACUACUUCCUCGUCGACUGGGCCACCGACCACUACAUCGACUUCGCUCCAACAGAGUCUUCAGCUUGGAAACAGCCUUAAAAGGAAAGCCGACGAUCCGAUGACUUCCGUUAACAACGAGGCGCAACCAGCGAAAAAGGAUUCGAAGAAGAAGCCUUACAACAACGGAAUAAAGAAGAAAAAAACUCGAACAACGUUUACGGCUUAUCAGCUGGAAGAAUUGGAACGUGCGUUCGAGCGCGCGCCCUAUCCGGACGUGUUUGCCAGACAAGAGUUAGCUCUUAAGCUGGCGUUGUCGGAGUCCCGGGUGCAGGUGUGGUUUCAAAAUCGUCGUGCAAAAUGGCGAAAGCGCGAACCGCCUCGGAAGACCGCCGGGUACAUGGCGACCGGUUCGGGGAGUCCGGGCCUCACAGGAUCGUUCACUUCGUUGAACAACAGUCUCAAUCCGUUCGCGACAUCGGCGUCGUCCUCAGGGCCGCCGGACGCUUGGGCGUAUUCGCCGGCUUACGAUUUGGCGCCGCACAUUAAUCUUUUGAGUCCCUCGAAUUCGCCUUACUCGACGUCUUUCGUUGGCCCUGGUAGCAACGGGACGGCGUAUUCUUACGCGACGAUGUUGCCGCAGCACGAUCCAACGUUGUUCGCUCCACCUUCGAGCAACACGACGAUGCGCGUGCACCAAGAUUACAUGAGCCCCAACAACAAUUCGCCACCGUCAUUGAGCCGGGGCGAUUAUCAGACGAUGGUCUCGGCGCACUCGCCGACGAAUCAUCUCGCUGGUACGAUCCCCGAGGAGGAGCAUCAUCAGCAGAACAAACAGCAACAUCAUGCUCAACUCGAUUACGUCGACGGUAUGAGUCCGGCUGAAAAAUAUCAACAUGAACAAACGCCAGAUUACGUACAACAUCAAGUACAGGAACACAAACACGAUUAUGCGAUGCAGCAUUCGCCUUCGGAACGUCUAGUAAUGAAGGAUCAGAUACACGUUAAAAGCGAACCGACGGGUCAACAGAGCUAUGUACAAUUGCCAUCUUUUUUGAACUAACUCGGACUCUCGUUGGAGUCCGCUCUAAAUUAUCUUAUUGACUUGUUCUAUUCUAUCAACUGAUUGCAAUUACACACAUCUCACGAACCUUCGUGGAUUUUCAACUUGUAUAUAUAUUCUCCACGAAGCUGUGUCUACCAGUGCCAAACAUUGAAAACAUAUCGUUUAACCAUUGUUAUCCCUAAAGGAAUCUCGCCUCGCUAUAUAUUGCGCAGCCAAAGACUAUUUUAAACGUUUUUCUCUCAUUCGAGAUGAGGAAAAGAGUUCGAGGAGUGACCGUACGUUCGCGUUUUAGUUAUCGUUUUUAAAAUAUGUACGAGUGUUAUUGAAUAGUAGGAAAAGCGUGUAAAUAGUGGCAUAGUACUGAUGAUAAAUCGACGAGGAAAUUGAAAGAUGUUUUGUUAUUAUGGUGUAAACUUCGCUGAAGAACUAUCGGUUUUAAAUAUAAUUAAUGUAGUCAUGUAGCAUUAUGUUUUUUUUUGUUUUUUUUUAAAUAUCAACCGAAUAAUAAAUGUGCCUUGAUUUCAAUAAUAAAACGUCAAGGAAAUCUUCCUCGGUAAAAAAUGCUUGCCAUAGUUUUUUGCACGAAAAAAAAAGGUUGAGUGAGAUCACAGCGAGAAGUUUACAAAAAAUAUCCGUUAAUUUAUGCGUAAGAGCGGAGGAAAUUUCGAAAAGGGCACUUCCUGUAAUGGAAAAAUAAACUUGCUGUCUUUUAUCGGAUUUUUUUUCAUACAUGUAUUGGAUGUUAACGUUUAAUGAUUUUCAAAUAAAACUUGAGAUGGAGAACUCGGUUCAAGAA